GGUAAAACGAGGGAGGGCUUUGCACAGUGGUGCCAGACGAUGUUAUUUCACACUCAAUAUAAUCAGUAUUCCAAUCUUUCCAAACUACACGAUCAUUUGACCCCUUCAGAACAUGACCACCAGCAAACACAAAAUACAGAUGUAAAGUAAAAAAGGAGCCGAGAAACGUCUCUUGUCGUGGAAUUCGCCGCGUCAACGUCACUCGACAAUAACGCAACCGUCACCGGGAAGGUUAGAAAGUGUCAGGAAACAGACUGAAUGGCUGAGCCGGAGCUCCUCCUGGACUCCAACAUUCGACUCUGGGUGGUGUUGCCCAUUGUCUUCAUCACCUUCCUCGUUGGAGUCAUUCGUCAUUAUGUAUCCAUUCUUCUUCAAAGUGACAAGAAGUUGACUUUAGAGCAGGUGUCGGACAGCCAGGUUCUCCUUCGGAGCAGAAUCCUCAGAGAAAAUGGCAAAUACAUUCCGAAACAAUCCUUUUUAAUGAGGAAGUUUUACUUCAAUAAUCAAGAAGACGGCUUUUUCAAGAAAACAAAAAGAAAGGUCGUACCACCCUCUCCAAUGACUGACCCAAGCAUGUUGACGGACAUGAUGAAAGGAAACGUGACCAACGUGCUUCCCAUGAUCAUGAUCGGGGGCUGGAUAAACUGGACCUUUUCAGGAUUUGUAACAACUAAGGUCCCCUUUCCUCUCACUCUGCGCUUCAAGCCCAUGCUACAACAAGGAAUAGAGCUGCUCUCUUUGGAUGCUUCAUGGGUGAGCUCAGCAUCAUGGUACUUCCUGAAUGUCUUCGGACUGCGAAGCAUGUACUCAUUAAUCCUCGGCCAAGACAACGGUGCAGACCAGUCAAGGAUCAUGCAAGAGCAGAUGAGUGGAGCUGCCAUGGCCAUGCCGGCAGAUACAAAUAAAGCUUUCAAGGCGGAAUGGGAAGCCCUGGAACUGACUGACCACCAGUGGGCGCUGGAGAGUGUGGAAGAGGAGCUGAUGAGUCUGGAGCUGGACUUUGAUGGCAUAUUUAGCAAGGAGCUGCCAACUGGGAUCUUCUGAUGCUUAAGCUAGUUGGAGUAGUCUUUAAAUGCAGGGAUUUGUUUUCUACAUUGAACAAACCCAUCCAUAAUAUGCAAUGUUUACAUUAUUUCCCCCCGAACGUGUACUAACUUCAUUGUUGUUUGAGAGGAAACAUUUGCAUUAUAGCUUGCUGAAUAGUCAAUAGGUGCAAAUAAUGUGACCAAUUUACAUGUUUUUGCUGUAUUUUAUUUGUACCAUUAUGUUCAAUAAAUAAGGAUAGAUGAGCAUUUGAAUACCUGAAUGAUGUUUACCUUAAUCUAUUUUCUGUUUGGUAGUGUUGCUUUGUCAUUUAAUUUUGAUGUAAACAAUUUAUUUUUAAAUUGCAACACCCUCUUCUGUUUGUUUUGUACAAUAAAACAUGUUUGGAUGAAAACAA